UGUCCUCCAACGGUUCUCAAUGGGAAUUUUCAGCUCCUCAUCUCCGUCAAGUCCCAUUUCUUCUCCAACUGCUUCAACUAAUAUCACGGACAACAUGUCGUCUUCUCCCCGCCAGUCAGGUACCUUUACAAGAACAUCCUUAUCAAAAUCAGCUGUAGAGAUUCCAAAGCCACGGGCCGAUGAAGAACCACCUGAAGAGUUCUUGGGCAGGCUUGAGGAAGCGGUAAGCAAGGCUGAGAUCGCCAACAUACUUGCUGCAAGUGGUGACUCAUAUUAUAACCAAGCGCUGCAACUCUACAUUGAUCGGUUCGAUUUUGCAAAUGACCCGCUUGACAUAGCCCUACGAAAGCUCCUUAUGGACGUGGGUCUACCAAAGGAAACGCAACAAAUCGACCGUGUCAUGGAGGCCUUCGCCGCGAGAUACACAAAAUGUAAUCCUGAUAUUUUUGUAUCUCCAGAUCACCCGUAUAUUCUGGCAUUUAGUUUGAUCAUGUUACACACAGACGCGUUCAACAAAUCUAAUAAACGAAAGAUGACCAAAGCGGAUUAUGUCAAGAAUACCAAGCUUGUAGGAGUAUCCACUGAUGUCCUCGAGUACUUUUUUGAUAAUAUCGUAUUUGCCCCUUUCAUCUUCAUAGAAGAUCCGCUGGAUGUGAAUGGGCAACGCGGCUUCACGCAAGAUGGGAGGAUGCAAUCUCUAGCAAGCGGCCAAAUGACACCUAAUCCGUCUGGCUCUGGACUGUCCAUUCUGGGCAAGUCAAAUAAAGUGGACGCGUAUUAUCUCAUUACUCGGAAUCUUCUUGGUUCGCUUCGUGUCGACGUUGAGAGCCACAUCCCGUUGCGUAAUCCCUAUUCUUAUCAGGGUACUGCUGGUUCGUGGAAUGAGGCAGAACUUCGUCGGUCGUUUGCCCGAGCAGAUAUCAUCGAGAUUGAUGCAGCAGAUACGAGGAGAAUGUCCACUUUACCGUUCUUCUCAUUAAAUGCCACGGGUGCUCCUGGACCCAUGCUCAAUAACUUCGCGCCUCCAACUUCUUCCGACGAAGAUAGUGUCACAUCCCAUAUCUCAGCGUUGAGAGUAACAAAGGUGGGACUUUUGAAUCGGAAAGAUGAUUUGUUGGAUGGUGGAAAACGAGCAUCGAGCAGGAAGUGGAGGGAGUGGAGCAUAAUCCUGACUGGUUCUCAACUUCUCUUCUACCGCGACUCCGCGGUUGCGUUAAAUCUAGUCAUCCAGUCGCAAUCCCCGGAGAGCGAAAUAUUCCCUACCCAGCCUUCGUAUCUACGACCUGACGAACUGUUGUCCGUGAAAGAUGCGAUUGCGGUAUACGAUGCAUCUUACGUCAAGCGUGAUUAUGUUGUCCGACUUGUCAUGCCUUCCGGUCGACACAUACUGUUACAGACAGAAAACGAAAUACAGCGGAACGAAUGGAUCGCUCAUAUAAAUUACGCAAGUGCAUUUAAAACCGCAGGGAUCAGGAUGCGCUCGGUUAGCGCGAAGGAAGAUGCAAGGAUGGACAGGAGUUCUUACACGAGCGAUGCGCCGCAAAUUCCAGGGGGAAAUGACUCGAGCAAACUAGAUAGCCCUGUCGAGGACACUCGUAACAACAGGCUCCGUAUCUCUUCCGAUGUGGCUCAGGAUAAUUACGUGUCCUUUUCGCGAGUGCGAUCUUCGUCCAUCGAGGGCCCUUCAAGCGGCCAAUCCCGACUGAGGAUUGUCUUGUCUAAGAUUCGAGAUUUUGAGUCAAGGAUUGAAGCAGCACGGACUCAGCUCGAUUCGGACAUCAGACUUGUCCAUAACUUGGCUAUUCUUACAUCGUUCCAGCGUUCUACCCGUGAUCGAUUGCAGGCGUCAGUUAUCAACCUAGGCAGACACAUCAAACAGCUUCGGCUUGAGAUAGUGAAAGCAACUUGCUUUCGCGAUGUCCUUGCCGCAGAUUUGGCUUCAGAGGAGCGUGAGCAUAAAAUUCGGAAAAGUGAGGACAUGGCUUUGGCAGCUAAUCGGGACCAUGGGAGGAAUAAUUCUGUCCCUACGAUGGUACUGUCCGUUCAUGAAAAUGAUGCAACACCUGAUGCGUGUGGCCGGACUUCUUCCCGCAGUGAUCUCUCGGACUUGUCGCAUGGACAGAACGAUUCUUCCAUCUGCGAGUCGUUCCACUCCGCACUUGACUUCGGUUCAGAUUGGCCGCGAAGUAUUCGCAUUACUGUUGGUAACCAGCGGAAUAUGGCUUCGAGUCGGACUCUGGAUCCCAAUUCGCCUCUUACCACUCCUUCUCACGAAGUUCCUCCGGGUGGCUUUAAUGGAUCGAGCUUCUUCUCUUCCUCGUCUCCUCUUGAGCCUUCUUCUGGGCGCGCAUCAUUCUCAUCGCCGUCCAUUGGAACAGACAAAAGCCCUGUUAUAGCGUCACAAAUCUCUGAGGAACAGGCAGAGGAAUGGGACAAGACACGCGCGGCACGUCGAGUGUCUCUAGUCAAGGUCCCUGCGACAUUGAAAGCUUCAAAUAGAGAUGGCCGGCGGGAGGCUUCCUGGGUCACGGAGAAUAACGAUGGUUCGAGAAUAUCCGAAGAUGAAAGGAGACGUUCCGAUGAAUCUACUAGGUCAAAUGGACUUCAGCCGAAGCAAAAUACAUGAUUAUUUUCAUUUUCGUUUCUUUUAUUAAUUAUUGUGACAAUAUAUUAUUCUAGUUACUUAUUUGUCUAUUAUUUAGU